AUUCUAUUCUCUGAUUGAUUGAUUGAUUCGUGGAUGGCAACGACCCUAUCCACGUCUCCUCCUUCUUAUCCGAACCAAACUUGGUUUUCUACAACCAACGAAACUUCAGGAAAUUGCAGUUUAGAGUCUGAUGAUGAAUCGAAAUCUUUCUAUGAUGGUAUUUCUGGGUUGUCUACCGAAGAACGUGUUUCUUCUGCUUCCCUGUCCUUUUGUAGCAAAGAAGCUUCACCUGCCAUUCAUAGACACUGGACUAUACAAAAGUUAGGUAUAACUAGCCAAAUAUUAGGAACAGAUGAGCAAUCCAAUCCGUUGGAAACUGAUUCAGGACAAGUGCAUAGUUGUUCGCCUUUGACAGCAACGAACAGCAGUGUCUCCAGUCCUGAUGACCAUCACGCCCAUGAUUUUUCAAGCUGUGUCCAAACUGAGUCGACUGACUGCAAUGGUUCUGAUGUAUACUCUUCAUCUUGGGAACCUUUGUUAUUGGAAGACACUAGUCGUUUUGUUUUAUUUCCCAUAAGAUAUAGGCAAAUAUGGGAAUUAUAUAAACGUGCGGAAGCUAGUUUCUGGACAGUUGAAGAAGUCGACCUAUCCCAAGAUUUACGAGAUUGGAAUUCUCUCCAUUCAUCAGAGCAACACUUUAUAUCCCAUGUUUUGGCAUUUUUUGCAGCUUCUGAUGGCAUCGUGAAUGAAAACUUGGCAGCUCGUUUUAGUACUGAAGUUCAAGUACCCGAAGCGCGUUGUUUCUAUGGUUUUCAGAUGGCUAUGGAAAAUGUACAUUCGGAAAUGUACGCUUUACUUAUCGAUACUUAUAUUCGAGAUAUGGCAGAAAAGCGUCGUUUGUUCUACGCCAUCGAAAAUCUUACUUGUGUGAAAAAGAAAGCGGAUUGGUCUUUAAAAUGGAUACGAUGUUCCAGCAGUUUUGCUGAGCGUUUAGUUGCCUUUGCAGCAGUAGAAGGGAUAUUCUUUUCUGGUUCUUUUUGUUCCAUAUUUUGGUUAAAGAAACGGGGCUUGAUGCCUGGUCUUACUUUCUCCAAUGAGUUGAUAUCACGAGAUGAAGGCUUGCAUUGUGAAUUUGCUUGCCUUUUGUAUAGUCUUCUUCAACAUCCGUUAUCUCAAGAACGUGUGACAGAAAUUAUAGUCGAUGCGGUGGAUCAUGAAAAGGAAUUUAUUUUAGAUGCUUUACCAGUUGCUUUGAUAGGAAUGAAUGCGGGUUUAAUGUCACAGUAUAUAGAAUAUUGUGCUGAUCGGUUAUUACAGGCUCUAGGUUAUCGUUCCUAUUAUCAAGUAUCCAAUCCAUUUGAUUGGAUGGAGUUGAUAUCGUUACAAGGCAAAACCAAUUUUUUUGAAAGAAGAGUAGGAGAAUAUCAAAUGGCAGGAGUUAUGGCUAGGAAGGAAGACCAAGUUUUUCGUACCGACUUGGACUUUUAAUAAAUAUGAAAAUUUUCGAAA